AUGGCUCACGUGGGCUCCCGCAAGCGCUCGAGGAGUCGCAGCCGGUCCCGGGGGCGGGGAUCGGAAAAGAGAAAGAAGAAGAGCAGGAAGGACACCUCAAGGAACUGCUCGGCCUCGGAAUCCCAAGGUUGCAAGGGCAGCGCGGCCCUUGGGGCGGAGGAGAGAAGCAAGCACAAGGCCCGGAGACCACGAUCCAGCUCCUCCUCUUCUUCCGGUUCUUCUAGCUCUUCUUCCUCCUCGUCCUCCUCCUCGUCCUCCAGUGGUGGCCGGAAGAAGCGGGGGAAGCACAGGGACAAGAGGAGGAGGAGGAAGAAGAAGAAGAAGAGGAAGAAGCUGAAGAAGAAGGGCAAGGAGAAGGCGGAAGCACAGCAGGUGGAGGCUCUGCCGGGUCCCUCACUGGACCAGUGGCACCGAUCAGCUGGGGAGGAAGAGGAUGGCCCAGUCCUGACAGAUGAGCAGAAGUCCCGAAUCCAGGCCAUGAAGCCCAUGACCAAGGAGGAGUGGGAUGCCCGGCAGAGUGUCAUCCGAAAGGUGGUGGACCCUGAGACGGGACGCACCAGGGGACCUGCCUAUUCCUUGCUGAAUGGAGACCCUCCUACCCUCAGGCUUAUUAAGGGAGAUGGCGAGGUCCUAGAGGAAAUCGUAACCAAAGAACGACACAGAGAGAUCAACAAGCAAGCCACCCGAGGGGACGGUCUGGCCUUCCAGAUGCGAGCUGGGUUGCUUCCCUGAGGGCCCCGGCUGGCCAAGGCCUGUGGACAGUGCUGGCAGCCCAGCCUGGGCAGGCCUCAGGGUGGCGAUGGGAAGCCUAGUGGGUGCUGGUGACCUUUCCCCCAUGGAUUGGCCUCUGGCCCAGCCCAGCCUCUUCUUAGGGGCAGGGGGUGGAGGAUGGGGUUACGGCCUGCUUAGCACCAUCUGAAAGACCAGUGCUUCACAGCUAUUAAAGGCUUCCUGGUUUGAAA